CCCCAUGUCUCACCACGAUAAUGGAGUUACAGUGGGACUUGGAAUCCAGAUGUGUGAAGGAUGGAGGGGUUGAAGGUGCAUAGAGGGGUGAUGGGCAAAGGGGUCCAGGAGGUGAUAACCCCAGGUAUUCUUGGCCUUGGCCUUCCCCACCUCUCUGGGACUGGGCCAGUUUGAGCAUCUCAGCUGCCUCUUCUGCCCGCCCCCUCGUUAACCGCACUCAGCUUCCUGCCCCACCAGAGGAAGCGGGGAGAGACAGCAGGUGCAGUGAUGGCUGGCGGAGUCAUGGACAAGGAGUACGUGGGUUUUGCUGCCCUCCCCAACCAGCUGCACCGCAAGUCUGUCAAGAAGGGGUUUGACUUCACACUAAUGGUGGCAGGGGAGUCAGGCCUAGGGAAAUCCACCCUCAUCAACAGCCUCUUCCUCACCAACCUCUAUGAGGAUCGCCAGGUGCCAGAGGCCAGUGCUCGCUUGACACAGACCCUGGCCAUUGAGCGCAGGGGUGUGGAGAUCGAGGAAGGGGGUGUGAAAGUGAAGCUAACCCUUGUGGACACGCCUGGCUUUGGGGACUCAGUGGACUGCUCUGACUGCUGGCUUCCCGUGGUGAAAUUCAUCGAGGAGCAGUUUGAGCAGUACCUUAGGGAUGAGAGUGGCCUAAACCGGAAGAACAUCCAGGACUCCCGCGUCCAUUGCUGCCUCUACUUCAUCUCACCCUUUGGCCGGGGGCUCCGGCCCCUAGAUGUGGCCUUCCUUCGGGCAGUACACGAGAAAGUCAACAUCAUCCCAGUCAUUGGCAAAGCGGAUGCCCUGAUGCCCCAGGAAACCCAGGCUCUCAAGCAGAAGAUCCGGGAUCAGUUGAAGGAGGAGGAGAUCCACAUCUACCAGUUCCCUGAAUGUGACUCUGACGAAGAUGAAGACUUCAAGAGGCAGGAUGCAGAGAUGAAGGAAAGCAUCCCUUUUGCAGUCGUGGGUUCAUGUGAGGUGGUGAGGGAUGGCGGGAACCGACCGGUGAGGGGACGCCGCUACUCCUGGGGGACCGUGGAGGUGGAGAACCCACAUCACUGCGAUUUCCUGAACCUGCGACGGAUGCUGGUGCAGACACACCUGCAGGACCUGAAAGAGGUGACGCACGAUCUGCUCUACGAGGGCUACCGGGCCCGCUGCCUACAGAGCCUGGCCCGGCCUGGGGCUCGCGAUCGAGCCAGCCGCAGUAAGCUUUCCCGCCAGAGCGCCACGGAGAUCCCGCUGCCCAUGCUGCCUCUGGCGGACACCGAGAAGCUGAUCCGCGAGAAAGACGAAGAGGUGAGCAUGCACCUCGCUUCCCCCCGACAGAGGCCCCAGGUCCCUCGCUGGCCUCGCCAGGUCACCACCUGCAAUCUCGCCCUGCACAGCUGCGCCGCAUGCAAGAGAUGCUAGAGAAGAUGCAGGCCCAGAUGCAGCAGAGCCAGGCCCAGGGCGAGCAGUCAGACACCCUUUGAGGCCACGCCCCACCCGGCCUUACCUCGGCUCCGCCUUCAGUCGGCCUCUUGUCCAAUCCCCGCGCCCCACACUGCCCAGCGCCCCCUGGAACCCCGUGGGUGCCGCCCUCGCGCGGGCUAGGGGGAGGUUCUACCAGCCCGGGCCCGUAGCCCCGCCCCGGCGCUGGUCCCGCCCACCCAGACACCACCCACUUCCCGGCCGGAGCCUGCGGCCCAGUCUCCGACCGCCCCACUGUCUUCCGGGGUCCCCCACUCUUCUCCCAGACUGUCUUCAAUAAAAACUGAGCUUCCCGCGG